AUAUAUAUAUAUAUGUCAUGUGUGUGUGGCCUCUCUCUAUUUACCAUAUCCUCAAACUUCAAUCCUUACAAACUUCGUGAGAGAAUGGCAUCGGUUCACUCCACCCUAACCUACUGGCUCGUGAACCACCCCAAGAUUUCCAACUUUACGUGGACCGAAGGUGAAACCUUUGGCUCCACCGUCUUCUUCGUCUCCCUUGUAGUCUCCGUUUACCUCUCCGCCACAUUCCUCCUCCGACAUGCCAUGGUUUCACUCCCCUCACUCAGCCCCCGCAUUCUCAAACCAAUCACAGCCGUCCACAGCCUCAUCCUCUGCCUUCUCUCCCUAAUCAUGGCUGUCGGUUGCACUCUCUCCAUAACCUCAGACCCUACGACACGUUUUCUCCACGCUAUUUGUUUCCCAGUCCAUGUUGAACCUAAUGGACCGGUUUUCUUCUGGGCUCAAGUCUUCUACCUCUCGAAGAUCCUUGAGUUUGGAGACACACUCCUCAUCAUACUCGGCAAAUCAUUCAGGCGACUCUCGUUCCUUCACGUGUACCAUCAUGCGACUGUGCUGUUCAUGUGUUUCAUCUGGCUCCGAACCCGCCAGUCCAUGUUUCCCCUCGGAGUCCUGACGAAUUCGACGGUUCAUGUCAUUAUGUACGGUUACUACUUCCUAUGCGCCGUAGGAUGUAGGCCAAAGUGGAAGAGGCUGGUGACGGAUUUUCAGCUUGUGCAGUUUAUUUUCUGCUUCGGAAUAUUGGCCUUGAUGCUCUCUCAACAUUUUUCCGGGUCGGGUUGCUCCGGGAUUUGGGGGAUUUAUUUUACCGCUGCGUUUAAUGGUUCUCUCUUGGCUCUCUUCUUCAACUUCCGUUCCAAGAACUAUGUGAAGAAGACAACCGAGGUGAUUAAAUUGUCUUGAAUUGUUUAGAGUCUCGAUCUCCUCUUAUUUGUUGUUACUGGAAAAUGUUGGGAUAGUUUGAAAUUGUUUUACUAUGAAUAAGAUGACAAAACAUGUAUUAAAAUGUCACAUAAACCAUGAAAUGACUUCUUUCUACGAUAUACAGCAUUCGGCAACCAACUUUUUUUUUAAGUGACUAAUCAAACAUUUUAAUUAAUAAUAUCUCUAAAUUAUGUAGUGUAUGGAGUAUCUACAAUCGCACUCCCCAUUUCUAGUUUGUAGUCCAGAAUUUUUGUGAAAGCAGUAGUUGGUUUUUAGUUUUUUACAUAACGGGUUGACAAAUAAUAAAAUUCUUAAUACAUCAUUACAAACUAACUCUCCAUAGUCCAUAAUACAACAAGAAAAUGAGGAUAGAUAAAAAAUAGAAUAAGAAUAAAGAAACUCCUGCCAACCAAUCUCAGAAGAAGCUUCAUGUGUAUGAUUUGCUGGAUCCAUUCACUAACAAAAAAUUUGGGAUGCAUUGUGAUUUUCAUUUCGAGGUUUUAAAUUAUUCUAUGUUGAGUCUUGACUUUGGGAUGAAUUGAUCAGGUGUUAGCCAGAGAGACAACGUCGCUGCAAGCAAGAGAGUAGAUAUUAUAGUAGAGACAACGGAGCUGAUGCGAGGGUGGGAUUCACUAAUGAAUAAUCAAUCCUUAAUAUGACGGCGUUUAACAGAACAUUUAGUAAAUCACUACUAAAUCCUUACUUUGGCCCAACCCAACACAAAAUUCACUAAAGCCUUGACUGUUCAUAGUUAUUAUAAAAAAAAGAUCAAAACAAUUAUCAAGAUUUUAGAAAAAUAGAUUCUAUAAAUUUUGAAGAAACAAGUACCCAUUUAUGAACAUGCCUAAAUGUAGAGAAGUUUUAAUUUGAGAGUGUUGUUUAUUUUGGAACAGCAAUAAGAGAGUUGGUGUUUGACUUCAACAUAUAUCUUACCAACUUUAAUAGAACUAAAAUGGUAAAUUUGUUUGUUACUUUAUUAUAGGCAUGAGUUCAUCUUUGACUUGUUGUUCUAUUGUUUUUCGAAUUUCAUAUUACUGUUGAAAUCCAAUCCAUCACCUAAAUUCCAAAUCAACGAAGAAGGUUCUACGUGAAUUUUGAAAAUACAUUAAAAAAGCACCAAAACUAAAUAGUUUGGUUUUGGUUAAUUCCAAUAACAGUUGAUGAACACAUAUACAUACAGCUUUUGGUCUUUAUUUGCCACUUAGCUUAUGCAAAUUUGGUUUCGACUUCCAUUUACAGAUGUUGUAUCAUCCUUAUUCGUAUGAAAUCUUUUUCUUACUGAUGUAUAAAACUAUAAACUCUUCUUUGACUAAUAACUUGUUGGCUUCAUAACUAC